AUGGAGGAGCAUGGCAUCGCGUUGCCGUCCAAGCCGACGGCGCUCCUCUCGGUGCACACGCGGCGCUGGGAGUCGCCGGACCUCGCCGCCGCCGACGUCGACUUGAACGCGCCGCUCUCGAGCGUCCUCGUCGUCUUCCUCAACGGGCUCGGCCUGCCCCAGGACUCGUGGUUCCCGGUGGCCGACGCCAUCCCUGCGCUUCUGGCGCAGCGCGCGCUGCCAGUGGCAUCACAGGUACUGCUCAUGUCGUACGACCGAUAUGGGCAAGGGCGUACGACGGACAAGGACCCAGCAGAUGCCACGGCGCCGGACCCGAGCCACGGCCACGACGCCUUGGACGUCGUCGCCGACUUGAACGAGCUCUUGUACGUCGUCGCGCAGCUUCUGGCUUUGCCCGGGGGCCAGCUGCCGCCCCUCGUCUUUGUCGCCAACUCGAUCGGGUGUGCGGUCGCGCGGCUAUACGCGCAGGUGUACCCUCGACGCGUGCACGCAUUGGUGCUGGCCGACUCGAUCAUUGCCAACUCACAUUACGGCCUCAUCAUUCCCGACCCGGACAAAGAGUCAAUUCCGGACGAGAUGCACGUGACGCCCGAGAUGCUGCGGCGCGCCCGCGCAGCCCUUAACGCACGCUUCCACCCAGACGUUGGCAACGCCGAGGGCUUCUCGCGCAAGAACCUCAAGGAGCUCCUGCCGCACGCGAACGCGCCCAAGCUGCUCGCGACACCAACGAUCGGUCCGUACGUGACGGUGCUCGAGCACGACCCGGCAGUGUUUCUGCAAGAGUCGAUCGCGAUGCCCGAGGUAUCGCCCGAGAUCGUCGAGCAGUUCACACAUCCGUUCUGGCACGCAUACAACAAUGGCCUCGUCGAAAUCACCAACGCCGAGCGACGACGAGGACCCGUUGUUGUGCAUGGCGCCGGCCACUUUAUCCACGCGAUGCAGCCCCUCGUUGUGGCCACCGAGACCGUCAACCUCGUCGUCAAAGUGCUUCUAGACACGUGCCCCACCUCCAUGUAG